GCGCAAUAAUCGGUUGGCAAGUGUAAAUUUCAAAGUAGCUGCAAGACAGAAACUUGAUUUUGCUCUUUUUAAACCUUUAACGCCGCUGAGCUGUUUGUUAAAUUAUAUUGUGUGUGCGUGAACGUUUUGCCUUGAUUGCAGUGAGUACUAAGGAGCAGGACUGCUUAGAAACACUGUAAAGCGAAGAAGUUUGUGACUGUGUAUGAGACUGGUGGCUGUUCGUGUGUGCUUGCAGUGCGAGAGAAAAAAGGAGAAUUUCGCAAAAAGAAGAGCAAAGAAGCGUAUCGGUGUGUGAAUCACGAGCGAACGAGCUGAAUCAUUUUUGGCAAUAUUUAUUCAACUUCGUACGUACAUAUAUAUACAUUAAAAGCUACAAGACACAAAAUUGUUUAUUGGAAAACGCAGCGAAAAAUUAACAUAACGAAAAAUUCUGAAAGCACACACACAUUAUCGUGAAUAGCAGCUAACUAAACGAAGCCGAAAUGGAGCAUGAGGAUAACGCACAGUUAGACAAUUAUUUGUCAAAUAGGCUAGAGAGUCUGCAAAUCGCAGGCGGCGCUGCUGAUGUUGCAGACGUUGCCGGGGAGUUGGUGCCUAGCAUCGGUGCAAAAUCGUGCUCACCCGACGAAGAAGAAGAAUGGAAGUACAUAAAAGAAGUGCAGCAGAGCGAAAAGCAGCAACAGCAGCAGCCGCAACAACUUUUCAGCGAAGAGCUUGGUAGAGGCAGAGAUGCCGACGUUGACGCCGCCUUAAGCGCUGGCGUAGGCAAUAACGUUUCAGCCAAUGGUAUUGGCGCUGUAUACCUAAAUGAAAUUGUGGGCAACGGUAACGAUGACAGUGGCCCGCACCUAUCGCUUGAUAAUGGGGGCAAUGGCAGCAGGGCAGCCUCCCUUUUGGCUUACGAAGAGGAAGAUAUUGAAGUAAUUAAGACAGAUGGUGAUUUUUCAACAAAUUCCAACACGACCACAUCGACAGGUGAGGUGGAAGAAGCACCUGUGGCUGCCAUAUCCCAGCCGGAAGUGCAAGUAGAGCUGCAGCAACAGUCUGAAGAGCAGCAGGAGCUGCCAUUGCAGAAUGAGGACGAGGAUCCUAGCUCGGUUGCCACGACUUAUGGAACAAGCAGUCUUAGUGAAAACAAUGCCACGCCUCUAGAGGCAGAACUUUUAAUAGAAAAGAACCUUCAGCCACAGCAACAACAGCCACCACACAACCUUAGUUUUGAUCUAUUUGAUGACAAGGAAAACGAUAAUCCUGCUCCUUUGCCGUCACAUCAAUACACUGACAUAGGUGGCCUCGAUGACCAUCACUCUCAGCUAAACCCCAACGCCGUUGAGUUUGUUCCAAACUUUGGCUCCCAGCCCACUUCUCCUGUUGAGCCCGAGCCCAUUGCCGCAAUUGGUGGCAGUGGGCGGCAGCUAAGAGCUGUUGCUAUCGAUGAUGUGGUGGCGGAGAGUCCGCGUAAAGGCAUACGCAUCUGCAACAUGGAUGCCAUUGCUGUGCCCGACGAAUCGGAAUUUGACGACGAAGCAGCUAAACGUCCGCAUGAAUUGGAGCAAAGAGACGACUUAUUUGGAGAUGGUGUUAAUCCACAAGAGGAGUUGUUACACGAUGCCGGUGGGGCCUCCUCCGUUGCUGAUGUCUUGGACUACCAGCGUAUUGAUCAUGGUCCAGAGACAAGCGUUGAUUUGGAGGCUGAUUUGGAUCCAUCUGAGACCGAGGCAUUGGCCGCCAAUGUGGUUUCAAAUGAUAUUAUGAAGCAGUCGAUUUAUGGCGAACACAACGCCUCGAUCGAGGACAUUCUUAACUCAGUCCAGCCAUUGCCCACUACGAGCGAUGAGCAGGAACAGCUCUUGGGAUCAUACGCAGAGGUAGUUACUGCCGAAAAGGAGUUGCUGCAUGUUGAGGAAAAGGAACAUAUUUCACAGUCGCCGUCUACUGAGGAGUUGCAAAUUCAGACUGCCGGUCAUCAGUUCUUUGAUGAUUUAUCACUCCAGAAACUCGCGACUACCCAAGAUCCUAUGCAGGCGUCCGUGUACAUUGAGCAUACAUCCGAGGAUGCGCAGCAGCAACUGAAUGAUGAAAGCUUGCUACUGGAUACAAGUGCUCCAGCCUUAAGCCCGCUUGAUGAGUCUCUGCAACCGGCAACAACACACGCUACCACCACAACAACUACUCUUAAUUUGGAACCGGAGACGGUCGCCUUUGUAGACAUAACACCAUCUCCACUCUCUUCAACCGAGGAAAAGCAUCUCGUCGAAGAGACCAAGGAGCAGCUACCGCAGCCAGUGCAGCAAGAGGCGGAGUUGUCGGAGGGCGAUAUCCUCGCAGCCGGCUCUUCACCACAGGUGGAGAAUGCUGCGUUUUGUGCAGCUGUCGGCAAUCACGCCCCUGAUACCGUUGAAAUUCAACCAGAGCAACAGCAACCACUCUCCAGUAACCCAUUUGUCGAGACAGAACCCACACCAGCUGUAAAUGAGGAAUCUCAAUUCAACGACCAACUGCACCACAACGAAGAGGUUCGCCAGGACAUCGUCAAUGAAUCAACCGAAUCCCAGAAAAACGACAUCGCGCGCAAUUUAAUCCUUGAGCUUGAGAAUACCGAAUCACAAGCUAUAAUCCCGACCGACAUAAGUGCAGCAGUCGCCAAUGCAAUAAUUGGCGAAGGCGACACUGCAGCUAAUGCUCCGAUUUCUAAGGUGAAGGUCAGCCCCGUAGAGACAGCCAAAAAUCGAACAGCAACCAAAUCGAACGUUACAGCAGCCAAGUCCAGCACCGCUACUUCUUCAGUCGGUAGCAAGAAGCCAGCGACAACUACGCUUGCAGCCAAACGAAAUACGACUGCAACCACGGCGACAGCUCGCCCGCGCACUGCUCCACCUGCAGCACCCAAGAGCGGAACUGGAACUACAUCUAAUGCGGCGGCUGCCAAGCCAGCCACCACAGCACGCAAGCCGUUAAGCAGCACGCUUGGCGCUAAGCCAGCGCCACGAACUACUGCUACCACCUUAAGUAACGCUCGCCCGGCUACGGCACCAGGCAGCAAGACCACGACAAAAGCAACGACCUCAUCGACGAACGUACGCAGUGCUGCCACUGCACGCAAGCCCAACACCACUAGUAGUAACACCACUACCGCCAUCACAAAUGGCACAGGUACGGUUCAGGUCAAGCCGCGCACAACUCUAUCGAGUGCAAGCGGAGCAGCACCACCUAAACCGACCUCUACAGUGCGCAGGGCAGCACCGAGCACCACCACGCCACGGUCGCCUACAAAGCCGAUUUCCAAACCUCUGGCUAAGAGUGGUGGUGUAACUAGCGGCACUACAACUACCACUGCCGCACGUGGAAAAUCAACUCAACUCGGCACCAGCUCUACGGUGGCAAACACCACUACUACCACAACAAUUACUAAGACUUUCACGGCGCGUCCGGCACCUAAAUUCACGCACACUGUGCCGUCUACUACCAGCACUACACGUCGAUCACUAGCACCAAGCAGCGCCACCAACACUGCUUCAGCUUCGCGGAAACCGUCACCACUUAAACCAAACACCCCAGGCAAGGCACCUGUGUCACUUAAGCCGAAAACCAAAGAAUCUGCUAAAAUAUCGCCGUCUGCCCAGAAAACUAAUAAGUCGCCAACGAAGACCGAUGUAGCAGAGCUUCCACUGAUUAACAGUAAUGGUGAUACCCAGGCGAAGUCGGAGGCACAGGAUCUUAUUUCUCAGAACGGCGACGGCAUAUCGGCACAGGAAUUGCCCCGGCCCGUUGUGGAGCCGCCGCAAGCUGAAGAGGUUGCAUUACUAGAUUUCUAGAGGUGGUGGAGGAAUGAAAACAACAAAAACUACAUUACCCACUCAUAUUAUAAACAAUUUAAGAACUAGUAUUUGGCAAAGGUUGACUGAAAAUGGCAUGCCAAUGAAAAAAAAGCGACCCAAGUAACGACUUUGUAGAGAGUAACUGAUUUUGUAUCCCUUUUAUGUAAUACGACUCGAGAAAUUUCGAUAGAUACUCCUUGCAUUUUUUAAAGCAUGUGUGUCUUACACGAAAAAACAAUGUUUGUGCUAUUUUAUGAAGUCAAUGAGUGCUUUGUCUCUGCUUUAUAUUUUAAUAUAUCUCAUUAUAAUCGUUUACGAAAACUGUUGCACGCUGAUUUAAUUUUGCUCAAAGUAAGACCACAAUUUAUUUUCUUUUUAAAUGAAAAAAUUGUCAGCCUAUACGGAGAAAUAUUCAAAAUCUUGUGGUAGCACAUAAAAAGUAUUAAAAAGCUAUAGAACAUAUAAACCUAUUGUCACGUAGCAAGAGAAAGAAAAUGAAUAACAAUUGUAUCUUUUACUCACUUGGUGUUCUAACGCGUAACGCUUUAAAUGCUAAAAAUUGUAUUAAAAAAAAGAAACAACGUCCUCUCUGGCUAAUUUUGCAAUGAUAGCCACUGUGCGUGGGCUGAUCUUAUUUGUUUACGGAAUAUUUAUGUUUCUUUGGAUGAUAAACAUAAAUUAUACACAGAAUACGAAUACGUUCCUCAAUUUUACUUAAAAUAGUUAUCCUUGAUUAUUGGUUGCUGAAAUUAGCCCAGUGUAUUAUUAUUUGAAACAAAUAACAACAUAACUACGCGAAAGGUCUUUAUUUUCCAAUAAUUAUUUUAAUUUUUUAACCAAUCACAGCUACAAUUAUAACAAACAGAAAUUGUAAUGUAACUCAGCACACACACACACACACACACAUACAUACAUACUACGUUUAAAACGAUAUUAUCUAUUAAAAAUUAAACGCAAGAAAAUCUCAAAACACCUUUCAUAA